GCGGAGAGCGCCGGCCGCUGGGCGGGCCUGAGAGCUCAGCGCGCCCGCCGCCACCAGCCGCGCCGGAGCCCCCGCGCCCUGCGGCCCGCUCCCCGGGGACCAGGCCGGCGCCAUGGACCGAGGCCGGGACACAUGAAGAGCACCCACACUGAGCAGGCCCCAGACCAGAUGAUAAGGAAGCAGAGAUUCACAGUCCAAUCCACGCCUGCUAGAGCCUCACAGCCUGCUGAGGGAGACAGGCGCUCAGGGAUCAGCACAGAUCAGUGUAGUAAAUUCUUCAGUGACAGCAAGAAUAGCUGACUUGUGUGCUGGAGCAGCUGCUCCCAGAGCUCACCGGGUUGCUCAGCCUUCUGGACCACGAGUACCUCAGCGAUACCACCCUGGAGAAGAAGAUGGCCGUGGCCUCCAUCCUGCAGAGCCUGCAGCCCCUUCCAGCAAAGGAGGUCUCCUACCUGUAUGUGAACACAGCAGACCUCCACUCGGGACCCAGCUUCGUGGAGUCCCUCUUUGAAGAAUUUGACUGUGACCUGAGUGACCUUCGGGACAUGCCAGAGGAUGAUGGGGAGCCCAGCAAAGCAGCCAGCCCUGAGCCAGCCAAGAGUCCAUGCCUGAGAAACGCAGCCAACCUGCCUCCACCACUCCCCAACAAACCUCCCCCUGAGGACUACUAUGAAGAGGCCCUUCCUCUGGGACCCGGCAAGUCACCUGAGUACAUCAGCUCCCACAAUGGCUGCAGCCCCUCGCACUCGAUUGUGGAUGGCUACUAUGAGGACGCAGACAGCAGCUACCCUGCAACCAGAGUGAACGGCGAGCUUAAGAGCUCCUAUAAUGACUCUGACGCAAUGAGCAGCUCCUAUGAGUCCUACGAUGAGGAGGAGGAGGAAGGGAAGAGCCCGCAGCCCCGACACCAGUGGCCCUCAGAGGAGGCCUCCAUGCACCUGGUGAGGGAAUGCAGGAUAUGUGCCUUCCUGCUGCGGAAAAAGCGUUUCGGGCAGUGGGCCAAGCAGCUGACGGUCAUCAGGGAGGACCAGCUCCUGUGUUAUAAAAGCUCCAAGGACCGGCAGCCGCAUCUGAGGUUGGCACUGGAUACCUGCAGCGUCAUCUACAUGCCCAAGGACAGCCGGCACAAGAGGCAUGAGCUGCGUUUCACCCAGGGGGCUACCGAGGUCUUGGUGCUGUCAUUGCAGAGCCGAGAGCAGGCCGAGGAGUGGCUGAAGGUCAUCCGAGAAGUGAGCAAGCCAGUUGGGGGAGCCGAGGGAGUGGAGGUGCCCAGAUCCCCAGUCCUCCUGUGCAAGUUGGACCCGGACAAGAGGCUGUCCCAAGAGAAGCAGACCUCAGAUUCUGACAGCGUUGGCAUGGGCGACAACUGUUCUACCCUUGGCCGCCGGGAGACCUGUGAUCACGGCAAAGGGAAGAAGAGCAGCCUGGCAGAACUGAAGGGCUCAAUGAGCAGGGCCGCGGGCCGCAAGAUCACCCGUAUCAUCAGCUUUUCCAAGAAGAAGCCACUGGCCGAUGACCUGCAGACGUUCUCCACCGAGGAGGAGGUUCCCUGCUGUGGCUACCUGAACGUGCUGGUGAACCAGGGCUGGAAGGAACGCUGGUGCCGCCUGAAGUGCAACACUCUGUAUUUCCACAAGGACCACACGGACCUGCGAACCCAUGUAAACGCCAUCGUCCUGCAAGGCUGUGAGGUCGCCCCGGGCUUUGGGCCCCGACACCCGUUUGCCUUCAGGAUCCUGCGCAACCGGCAGGAGGUGGCCAUCUUGGAGGCAAGCUGUUCAGAGGACAUGGGUCGCUGGCUCGGGCUGCUGCUGGUGGAGAUGGGCUCCAGAGUCACUCCAGAGGCGCUGCACUAUGACUACGUGGAUGUGGAGACCUUAACCAGCAUCGUCAGUGCUGGGCGCAACUCCUUCCUAUAUGCAAGAUCCUGCCAGAAUCAGUGGCCUGAGCCCCGAGUUUAUGAUGAUGUUCCUUAUGAAAAGAUGCAGGACGAGGAGCCCGAGCGCCCCACAGGGGCCCAGGUGAAGCGUCACGCCUCCUCCUGCAGUGAGAAGUCCCAUCGUGUGGACCCGCAGGUCAAAGUCAAACGCCAUGCCUCCAGUGCCAAUCAAUACAAGUAUGGCAAGAACCGAGCGGAGGAGGAUGCCCGGAGGUACUUGGUAGAAAAAGAGAAGCUGGAGAAAGAGAAAGAGAUGAUUCGGACAGAGCUGAUAGCACUGAGACAGGAGAAGAGGGAACUGAAAGAAGCCAUUCGGAGCAGCCCAGGAGCAAAAUUAAAGGCUCUGGAGGAAGCCGUGGCCACCCUGGAAGCUCAGUGUCGGUCAAAGGAGGAGCGCCGGAUUGACCUGGAGCUGAAGCUGGUGGCCGUGAAGGAGCGCUUGCAGCAGUCCCUGGCAGGAGGGCCAGCCCUGGGGCUCUCCAUGAGCAGCAAGCCCAAGAGUGGGGAAACUGCAAAUAAACCCAAGAGCAGCGUUCCAGAGCAAUCUCUCCCUGUCAACUGUGUUUCUGAGCUGAGGAAGAGGAGCCCAUCCAUCGUAGCCUCCAACCAAGGAAGGGUGCUACAGAAAGCCAAGGAAUGGGAAAUGAAGAAGACCUAGGAAGAGAAUGAGGAUUUCAUUCCAAAGGAAAUAUCAGCUUGUCCACCUGAGGAAGAAAUGCUUUUUUCACAAGGAGACACCAAGAGAAGACUAGGAAGUAGCCCUCGUUCUCCAGGGCACCCAAAAGACCAGCCUUUAUUGUCUGCAUGAUUUUAGGGGAUAUGGGGAGGGAAGAAGUAGAAGGGAAGAGGGAAAUGGAGAACAUUCUUAUGACUUUACAAAGGGUGGAAAUGAGGAUGGAGGGAUUCCCUUCUGAAGAAGAAAUGAAAACACAUGUGAAUAACCCCUUCCAUCCCAUUCACAGCAUCGCACUCCCAGUACUUAAGGCAAAGGGAGGCAGUGCUGAAGCAUUGGUGGUGCAGUGUAGAGAGACAAGACCUGAUAAUCUGAUCACACUUGUUCCAACUUGAUUCAUAUUGGGCAUUACUGACAACCACUGGGCAAGGCAAACAGGUUGAACAAUCAAUAACAUUAUCCCUGCCUGCAUACAUGUGAACAAAAGCUGUAGAGGACAUGCAAAUUCUACAGUCAUUCCUCAUUUGCUUUAGACAGAGUGCAGCUACUAGAAUCUUCCAGAUUUGAGUGUUUUAAAAUCAGAGCUCUGAAUACACAAAAGGAAAGAGAAAUGGAGCAGCUGACAUAUUUUAAGCUCACAGUGAUACUCAGUGACAGGAGCACAGAGCUCUAAUGUCCACAGGAUGUUGUAAGGUAGGGUCUUUCAGUAAAUCAAGUCCCUUACCUAUGUUCUAUGACACUGAGGUUCUUGGAGCUAUGGGUUAGAAAUCCAGGAGGCAAUAUGUCAUUAAUCUAACGAAUUCCUCAUCUUGCACUCAGAGGCCCACUAGUCUGCCCUUCUAUAUAUUAAGUAAAACCAAGAGAAAAUAAGAGGAUGAUGGCUUCUUUCUGUCACCUCGGUGCUAAACCUUUUACACACACUUGAUACUUUCAUAGAGGGACCAAGGACCUCAAGUCCUGGGCAGUCUCCCUACUGUGCUACUCACUACUGUCUCAACACUGUAGGUACUUUAUGGGUAUGUAUUUAACACAUUUCCUUCCAAUAAAGAUAAAACCACUUAACUCUUAAGAGCCAGUGCUUAGCUCAAGAGGAAAGAAGGAAAAUCUCAGAAUAACCAUGGCCACUUUGCUAUAGGGUUUACAUAUUUUAACCCACCUAAGGUUUUACAGACUUUAGCCUCACUCAGAUUUUAUCACCCUCUGAGGUAGCUGGAGACCACAGCAGGAAAAAUAACCUGACCAGUAAUCACCCACUGAUUAGUGGCACAGCAUAGGACUUAGAGGUUAUAAGCCCAGAUCCAGAUAGGGCUAGGUUUGAGCCCUGCCUCUGAUGACCAGCUGGGCGACCUUGGGAAAGUCACUUCACCACUCUGAUUUUUGUUUUCUUAUCUGUGAAAUGGGGCUAACAAUUGUUACUUUUCUCCCAAGAUUGUUGGGAAGAUUUAAUAAGAUAAUACAUAGUAGGCAUCUUGCAUAGUGUCUGAGAAAUAGGAAAUGCUCAGUCAAUAGUGGCUUUCACUAGCCAGGCAUGGUGGUACUGGCUUAUAGUCCCAGCUACUCAGGAGGCUGAGGCAGGAGGACCACUUGAGCCCAGGAGUUUGAGACUAGUGCACUAUGAUCAUGCCUGUGAAUCACCACUGCACUGCAGCCUAAGCAAAUAGCAAGACCCCAUCUAUAAAAAAAAAAAAAAAAAGUGGCUCUUAUUAGCUAUAUAGGAAAUGUCUGACUCACAAGCCUGCGUUCUUUCCACUGAGGAAGAAACUACUCCUACAUGGUAAUUACAGCCACCAAAAGCUAAAAGGUAACCAAUACAUAACUGAGAGUUUUCAUCCAAAUUCCACCUGUGUUUUCACAGCUAAAGGGGCUCACAUACUCCAGAUUUUCAGUGUUCUUUUUUAAAAAUGUGGAUCCUGGAAUGUCACCUAACUCUCCAACUAUGUAUUCAGUGUCUGUCAUAUUCUUUCUUAUGCAGUUAUUUUGGGGUUGUCUUUUCUCACCAACAGAUCUUGAACUCUGAGAGGAGUGGCUGGGGGUGACUAAUAAUUAACAUUUAUCAAGCACUCACCAUGUGUCAGGCACUGUGUCAGCCAUGGCCAGCUUCACAGGCAUGCAACCUGUGCAGUCACACAGGGCCCCAUGCUCAGAAGGACCCUGUUCUUGGUUUAAUGCUCUACUGUUGCCUUCUUCAUAAUAUUUGAACAAGGGGUUCUGCUUUUCCUCUUGCCUUCUAAAUUAGGUAGCCAGUCCUAGUGCUAACUAACCACUUUUCCAGGUACUAUCCCUUUAGUUUUCACUAAAACCCUGAGAUAAGCUGUAUUAUCCUAGUUUUCACAGUUCAGGAAAUGGAAGCUCAGAGAGGUCAAGUAACUUUCCCAGGCUCACAUAGUUCUUAUGCUGGCUCCACCAGCAUGUAAAUAUAAGAAGUCUGACCCUAGAGCCUUAUUCUUAAUUUUAAAGCUCUAUGUCAUCCAUAUAUCUCCCUCCCCUUGUACUGCAACAUUCAGAAGCACACUAGCACUUAAUAAACAGAUGAGUGAAUGCAUGGAUGCAAGCAGCAACCUGAUGAAUGUUAGGCAGCUAGGAGAAAUGUAAGCAAAAUGGCUAAGGCACAGAUGCCACUUGUUCUUGGUUAUUAAAAUGCCUUGUUUAGGCCAGGUAUGGUGGCUUACUGUAAUCCCAGCAAUUUGGGAGGCCGAAGCAGGUGGAUCACUUGAGGUCGGGAGUUCAAGCCCAGCCUGGCCAACAUGGUAAAACCCCAUCUCUACCAAAAAUACAAAAAUUAGCUGGGCACGGUGGCAUGUGCCUGUAGUCCCAGCUACUCAGGAGGCUGAGGGAGGAGAAUCACUUGAACCCGGAAGGCGGAGGUUGCAGAGAGCUGAGAUCACACCACUGCACUCCAGCUUGGGCGAUAGCAAGACUCCAUCUUUAAAAAAAAAAAAAAAAUGCCUUAUUUGGUUGUGUUUUUUCAAAGUGUGAACCACAGAUCUAAAGUAGACUUGAAGUUCCAUCCUUCCCAACACUGCCAAGUGUUCAGUCUGUCAGAAUUCUACUGUCACUGUUUCCUUAUUGGGGCGUCUUGCACAGGUUUACCAACCUUUCUGAGCCUCAAUUUGCUCACAUGUAAAAGAGAAUCAUAAUACCUUCCUAAACCAUGUCACCCUUUUCAUAAGGCCAAAAAGAAAAUAUAAGUUAUUGGUCAUGACACAUUUGAGUUGGGCCUCGGAUUAGAUAAAAAGAUGAAAAUACUCCAGCUCUGUCCUCAUGGAACUCACAGACAAGCAGGAAAGAAAAUUUGACCCAAAUAACUAUAGUACAAAUAACCUAUGUUACGACAAGAUUCAGAGUGCUCAAGGAACACUUCCCAUUCCCUUAAAAAAAAACUUUUUAGGGGCUCUCCAGUAACUAGGCUGGCAACUCCAAGUGUCCUGGACCCCAGUCACCAAUCCAUCCUCGUAGUCUGUCAGCUUUCCAUCCUAAAUCUCUAAAGUUCAUCUAUAUCUUCCUAUCUUCACUGACACUAUCCAACUUAAGUCAUUCAGCAAAUAUUUAUUGAGUACCUACUAUACUAAAUGUCAGAAAUCAGUGGUGAACAAGCCAGACACCUCCUGAAGCUCAUAUUCUAGUUGGAGGAACAAACUUUUAACAAGGAAGCAAAAGAAAUAAAAUACUAAGAAAC